AGAGUCGCCAUGGAGACGCUGGAACUCGGGCAGACAGCUGUUUUUGUUCAGGACCCUGCUCUUUCUCCCAAAGAGAAUCCCCAGAAUAAGUCAGAUUGGGGGCUCCUGGAAGCCAGAUCUGAGGAACAGGUAACUUUCAAGGACGUGGCUGUAGACUUCACCCAGGAGGAGUGGGGUCGACUGGAUUCUCCUCAAAGGGCCCUGUAUAGGGAUGUGAUGCUGGAAAACUACCAGAACCUUCUUGCCCUCGGAGCAGGGCUGCCACUCCAUAAGCCAGAUGUGAUCUCCCAUCUGGAACGAGGCGAGGAGCCCUGGCAACUGCACAAGGAAGUCCCAGGAGAGGUUUGUCCAGAGUGUGAGGUGAGGCCUGAGAUGGAGGAAGAGUCCUUUCCACAGCAGAACCUGUGCAAAGCAGAGCUGUCUUCGAAGCCCGUUCUGGAGCCACUGAAGGCGCCGGGCCUGCUGGGAGUUGGCCUGGGUCGGGCAUGGGCUUGGGAACUGCAGGCUGAUACUCUAUGGAGGAGCAGGGCUGUGCCAUGGAGGCCAGCACCUGCUGCCAGUGGGGACAUCCCCAUGAAGGAGAGUUACUGGGGACACAGUGAGGGUAAGGAGGCCUUUCCCCUGGGGUGCCCCCUUUCCACAGAACACUCACCUGCCAGGUGCACCAAGGACAUGCAGCCCACGGAGGGGAUGACUCAGAGCCAUCAGGGAACAAACUUCCAGUCCGCUGAGCCCAAGCAGUCCACACGGGAGCACAGGCAGCGUGGGGUCGGCGCCCACAAUGGGGAGAGCAUGUUUACAUGCAGCCAGUGCGGGAAGGUGUUCCCGCAGAGUGCCACUUUGGCGCUGCACCUGCGCUGGCACAGCCGCGAGAAGACUUUCAAAUGCCACGACUGCGGCAAGGCCUUCCCCUGGAGCACCAACCUCGUGGAGCACCAGCGCAGCCACACCGGCGAGAAGCCCUUUUUCUGCAGUGAGUGCGGGAAGGCCUUCAGCUGCCACUCCUCGCUCAACGUACACCACCGCAUCCACACGGGAGAGAGGCCCUACAAGUGCAGCGCCUGCGAGAAGGCCUUCAGCUGCAGCUCGCUGCUCAACAUGCACCGCAGGGUCCAUACCGGGGAGAAGCCUUACGCGUGCGCAGACUGCGGCAAGGCCUUCAACCAGCGGACUCACCUCACUCGCCACCACCGCAUCCACACCGGGGAAAAGCCCUACAAGUGCAGCGCGUGUGGCAAGGCCUUUACCUGCCACUCAUCGCUCACGGUGCACGAGAAGAUCCACAGCGGUGACAAGCCGUUCAAGUGCGCAGAGUGCACCAAGGCCUUCAACAGCCGAGCGCGCCUCAUCCUGCACCAGAGGACGCACACUGGAGAGAAGCCCUUCAAGUGCUCUGACUGUGGGAAGGCCUUCAGCUGCCACUCGUACCUCGUGGUGCACCAGCGCGUCCACAGUGGCGAGAAGCCCUUCAAGUGCAACGAGUGCGGCAAGGCCUUCAGCUCGCACUCCUAUCUCAUCGUGCACCAGCGCAUCCACACUGGCGAGAAGCCCUUUGACUGCAGCAGGUGCUGGAAGGCCUUCAGCUGCCACUCAUCGCUCAUCGUGCAUCAGAGGAUCCACACCGGCGAGAAGCCCUACAAAUGCCACCAGUGUGGCAAGGCCUUCAGCCAGAACCACUGUCUCAUUAAGCACCAGAAGGUUCACUCCGGGGAGAAGGUCUUCAAGUGUGGCGAGUGUGGGGAGGCAUUCAGCUGGAGCUCCCACCUUCUGGAACAUCAGAGGUUGCACCGAGAGAAGAAACCCUUCACCAUCCAGUUCAACAGGCGCCUGCUUAGCACCUACUACGUGCCUAGCAGCCUUCUGGGAACAGGGAACACACAAGUGGGUGACAUGGACUCCAUAAACACCCUGGAGAUGGCAUAGCUCCUGUGUGUGGUACAGCCUCCUACUGGUAGAAAUGUGCCCCUGGAGAGCAAACCUGGUGAUUAGGGUGACGCACAGUGGCCACUUCUCAAGUUACCCAACCAUGAUGUCAUCAACUCUGGGCCCUCAAAACCACACUGCUGUCUCUCCAGGUGCAAAAGCCUGGCCUGGCUUUGAAGAAGUUCCACAAGCCAUUACCCUCCCCCUAGAGACAGUCACUCCUGGGAAAAGAGGCAAAACCAUCUGAGAAUGUCCCACCAUCAUGUUUUCCUUAAUGGGCCAGAGGUCAUUGAAAAGGGAGUAUCUUUUUGUAUGUAUUUUGAUACAGGGUUUCAUUCUGUAGCCCAGACUGGCCUGCAACUUAGUAGCGCAGGCUGUCCACAAACUCCUUGCAUUCCUCCUGCUUUAGCCUCAGACUGCUGGGAUUACAGUUAUGAGCCAUCACACCAGCAACAAGGGAAUAUCUUGCCUGCCUACAAAAAGAAGACAUUAUCAACUGUUGAGUCCUUAGGCUCCUGGCCUGGUUUCUAUCAGGAAAUUAUCAUGCCAAUAAUAAUAAAAUCAGAAGAAUUGCAAACAGCAUUACUUCCAUAUAAACACUGUUACAAUUGAUAUGAGAGGGUAAUCACAAACAGUAGGCAUUUGGAAAAGAGCAAAUAUUCUGGAUUUGCUCCAAAUAUGUCACCUACUCCAGAGUCAUCUGUUAGUGUCAACUCAUUGAGGACAUCCCCACAGCAGCCACCGUGUAGCCAGGUCCUGACAUGUCAACAUCACAUUUUGGCAUAUAGUCCCCAGUUAGAAGUCGGGAGCACCCAGGGGAAUACCCAGUUCAUCCAGGGAAGAUGGGCACAACCUGUACAGAUAUGUCUAGAAGCUCACUCACUGACCAGCACUGGUAUCCACCCAGAUAUCCAGCCAUCAGCCCUCCCCUUGGCCCACUUAAGGGGGUCUCCUCUGUAAGGCCCCAAGGCCAAUGGAUCAGUGCCACCCUACAUGGGCCUGUUGUACAAGCCCUAUAAAUAGCCACUGUCCCCUGUCUUUAUAUAAAUAAAGAGGCUUGAAAUGGGUUCCAUCCUAGUAAACACAUCGUGAGGUGAAAAUAUUCUAAUUGGAAAAGAAUUUAACCUACCUAACUGACCAAAUACUGCAGCUUAGCCACAAAGUACAAUGGAAUAUUGGCACUCUCUGACAUGUACAAGAUUCAGUGGAUAUCACUAGCCCAGGAGAUCAAACUUCAAAGCAAGAUUCUACUGAGUGCCUAUUACACACACCAUUUCUACUUAAUCUUGUGCAGAGAAAGAGCUUUCUUGGUGACAAUAGUCUACACUUUGUACAGAGCACUGUAGUUUACAGCAUGCUUUCUGCACACUUGAAAUAACAGGCAGAACAGCAUGUUUCAGGAAAUGUGAAUUUAAAACAGCUGUCUUUUUUUUUUAAUAAAAUGGAGGAGUCUCAAGCCAGGUGUGAUGGUGCAUGCCUUUAA